AUCUUUUGUAAACGUCAAUUGUGAAAUUGUCAAUUGCCUUCCAAAUCUAACCUAAAACACCGUGCAAGAGAUAAAAUUUAUGAUUGAAAAAUAUCUAACGACGAAGGCAACAUAAUGAUGCAAUGUAGUGAUUUUAUUAAAACUGAAUUUCCGUUAAUUGAUGAUGAUUUAAAACAAUAUGUACAAGAUGUACUCGAAAACGGGGCAGAUGAUUUUCAAGAUAGCGAUGAAAUUUACGAGGCGGUCGGCGAAGUUUUACACGAAAUUGCUGCGGAAAAAACAGAAAAAGAAAUAAGGUGUAUAUGCGAUAAAUUAUUAAAUAUGUUACGACCAACUAAAAACACUCAAAAUACCAACGGUUUAGCCAAAGUUUUACAUGCUCCAGUUCAUUUAGGAUCCAUGGCUGCAAAUUUAGAGAGUACCGUGGAUGAUAUGAAAAGUAUAUGGGUUAUGCAAAGAGAUGAUAGUUUGAAAGUUGAUGCGAAAAAAUUAGAGAAAGCCCAAGCUAAAUUACAAGAAAAAGCAGAAAAACGCCAAAAAGAAACUCCUAGGGUGGGUAAUAAUGCUCCUAAAUUAGAAUCGGCUACAGCCUCACAAGUUACAAGUAAAAAAGAAUAUAAAUUAGAAGCUAAAGGGAACAAUAAAACUCAAGAUAUUAGAAUUGAGAAUUUUGAUAUUGCUUAUGGAGAUAGGUAAAAUAUUAUUACAGUAAAACCUCGAUAUAAUGAGAGUUAUUAGAAUCAACAAAAUAUUUUUAACUCAUAGAACUACCACUAUACCUAUUCAAGUUCAAAUUGGUACUAAUCAAAUUCAAAAUGGCAUUAAACAAAACCAAUUUGGCAUUAAUCAA